AUGGCUCGCGAAACGCGCUCCCAGACGGGCAACUCCAAGCCGCGUGUCGUCCCCAUCAUCGACACGGAGCCCACCAUCAAGCGGACUGUAAAGCCCAAGGCCGCACCCAAGAAGAAGGCCUCCGUGAAGACGCCAUCAAAGGCUGCUAAACCCACCGGUGUGACGAAGAAGAAGGCUUCCAAGAAGGAGAGCGACGUAGCCAAGAAGGUCAAGUCUGCGGUGAAGAAGGCUACGAAGAAGGUGGGCGCAACUGAGAAGAAGGGCGCAAAGAAGGGGGAAGAGAAGACACCGGCGAAGACCGAGGUGGAGCCGGAGAAGAACGCGGAGGAGAAGCCUGCGAAAGCUGAGAAGGAGGCCAAGCCAAAGACAGCAACCGAGUCCAAGUCAAAGACAACAACCAAGAAGAAGGAAGCCGCCGAUAGCAAGUGA